AUGGGUACAACAGCAACUAGUCAGUUGAUUAUUGACAGUCCGAUUGACACGUAUAGUGAAGAAGAAACAAAACAACGUCUUGCUGAAUUAGCUGGGAGUAUUUAUUUGGAUCCUAAGCGAGUUAUUAUUGAAUCAGUAAAAGCUGACAUUCCAGUAACAUAUGAACAGCGAGUUAUUAUUCAAUAUCUACAACCACCAGCUCUUCCACCACCAGGACCGAUCGUUAUUGAAGAAGUACGUCCACCACAACCACCACCACCUGAACCGCUUGUCAUACGCCAGCAUGAACCACGUGUUUCUACGCCACCUCCACUAAUUUUACGUGAACGACCACCAAAGCCACCGCUACAUGGUUGCAGUGAAAAAUAUAUUCGUGAAUUACCUCCUAUACCUGUUCCACCACGAUCGGUUCGCAUCGAAAUUGUUGUUUGUUUGUGCUACUUAGGUGAAAUUAAAAUUGAACGAUGGCUACCCUAUGGACCUCAACCUGAACGCGAAAUAUUUAUUAAGCGCGCUCCUCCUGCUAUAGAAUAUCCCAAACCAACUCAUACUGUUGUUAAUUAUAAAGAUGUUGAUAAACGUAUAGUCCGAAAAUUUGAAAAUCUUGGUGUUAUUCGAGAAAAUCCUUAUGAUUAUAAAGUUCGUUAUGGAACAUCACUUUUAGAUUCUGAAAUACUUGCUCAUGAAGCUGUUAAAGCUGGUGUUAAUGAAGAUAUAUCAUCUUCGGCAGUAACACCUUUAAUAAAUACAAAUACAUACGGAAAUACUGUUCAUUUUCAUCAGUCUUACGGAAGAAUCAAUCAAGGUUGUUCAUCAUCAAGUGGAAAUAGCUAUAAAGGAAUUCAAGUACUUGCUGCUACAAAAACUAUUAAUGUUGGUGAAACAAGUCAUUCAUCAUCAUCAUCGAAACAUAUUGGUUAUAGUUCUUCAGUUGACAGUGGUUGUAGAACGCAAUCUGAAGUUUAUGUCGGUAAUGCUAGUGCUAGCAAUACCAAUACUAAAUAUUAUGAGAAAUUAAAUCAAAAGGAAUGUGAAGCAUAUGUUUAA